GUCGUUUAGAACACCCCCAAUGCCUCUCAGAAACCCGUACUUGAUAACGUGGGCCUCUGUCAUCAUCAAGGCAAGUGAUUCCAUAUGUUGCAAACUGAGGCUCUUGGAGCCAGUGAUGAGAGUACCGCGGGAUGAUGCUCAGCUUUGGCUGACUGAUGUGGAUGUUUUUAGGGUGUCUUUCAGAAGCUCAUGCUCAGUGAGCUAUGGCUCUAUCAUCAUCAAGGCAAGUGAUUCUGAUUGUUACGAAUGAGGCCCUUAAGACCAAUGAUGAGAGUACAUCUGGAUGAUGCUCAGCUUCGGCUGACUGAUGGGACAUUUUCAUGGUGCCUUUCAGAUAGCCUAUGCUCAGUGAGCUGCGGCUCUAUAUCAUCAUUAAGGCAAGUGAUUUCAAGCAACCCCUUGUUACGAACUGAGGCUUUUAAGCCAAUGAAGACAACCAACUUGGAUGAUGCUCAGCUUCGGCUGACCGACAUGGAUGUUCUCAAGGUGCCUUUCAGAAGCCCGUGCUCAGUGAACUACGGCUCUAUCAUCAUUAAGGCAAGUGAUUCCAUUUGUUACGAACCGAGGUUCCUGGGACCAAUGAUGAGAGUACUUCUGGAUGAUGCUCAGCGUCAGCUGAUCUUUGCGAACGUUUUCACAGGGUGCCUUUCAGAAAGCCUAUGCUCAGUGAGCUGCGGCUCCGGGAUCAUCAUCAAGGCAAGUGUCUCCAACCCGAACCUUGUUACGAACCGAGGCUUCUUAGCCAAUGAAGACAACCAACUUGGAUGAUGCCCAGCUUCUGCUGACUGAAGGGGCAUUUUCAUGGCACCUUUCAGAUAGCCCACGCUCAGUGAGCUGCGGCUCUGUAUCAUCAUCAAGGAAAGUGAUUCCAACCAGCACCUUGUUAUGAACCGAGGCUUCUGAGCCAAUGAGGAAUACCAACUUGGAUGAUGCUCAGCUUCGGCUGACCAUUUUGUGUAUUUUCGCAGAAUGCCUCUCAGAACGCGA